AUGGCGCACGCCGAGACCCAAUCCCCGGCAUCCAAAAAGCUCGAGUCGCGGCCCAAGAAAGCGAAGGAUUCUCCCUCCACCGAAGACGAUACCAAGCUCGAGAAGAAGGACAAGAAGAAGCGCAAGAAGUCUGUUUCUGACGAGGCAGCGCCCGAGACAGAUGGCGAAUUGAAGAAGAAAAAAAAGCGCCGCCACACCGAAGACGAUGACGAGCAGAAGGACAAAGAUACCGAAUCGCACAAGAAGAAGAAGCGAGUUUCAUUUGGACCCGGCACCAAGGAAAAUGACGGUGACUCCGACAGCGACUCCGACGCCGCUGGGAGCACCGAGGCUGCCACCGAUGGAGCCGAAGCAGACAUCGAAGAUAAAGAAGCCGAUAAGGCGCUCGAAGAGAUGAAGAAGCGCAAGCGCGAGAAGAAGAAGCAAAGAAAGACUGGAACUGCCUCAGCUGAAGGGCAAAUUCAUGAGACGCCCAUCCUCUCCUACUUAAGCCACUACCACCGAGCCCGCGAAACAUGGAAGUUCCAAAAGAACCGCGAAACCAACCUGUUCAAGCACCUGUACUCACUGGAGCAUGUCCCCACCCGCUACAACACCUCUUUACUGAACUAUGUUCAAGGUCUCAAGGGCGAUGCCGCCAAGCAACGAAUGAGUGAUGCCGCGAGGGAUGUGAUUAAGGCCGAUAUGGACCUCGACAAGCCGAAGGACGAUGAGGAGGAGGAAACCACAAACCCCGCCUACCUUGAAGCUGUGAACUCCUUCCGCGAACUCCUCUCUGAGGGUAGUGAGGAACUGGACAGCCCCGACGUUCCAGAGGGACUGAACGGAGACGCUCAAAAGCGUCUGCCAAAGAGACAGCGAGGAGAGCUGGUCUUCUUCGCUGUUACAGGCAAGCUGUUCAGCGCCGAAGACGCAAAACCCAAGCCCAAGCCCAAGGUUGUUGAGCCUCCAGCCAACAAGAAGCGCAAGAACAGAACCAUGGUUGUCGACAUCAGCAGCAGUGAAGACAGUGACGAUGACACUCCAGCCCCCAAGAAAAGCCCCAGCAAACCUGCACCGGAUAGCAGCGAUGAUGAUACCUCAUCGAGUGGUAGCAGCAGUGAUAGCAGCAGUGACAGCAGCAGUGACAGCGAUGACUCUGAUGCCCCUGCUCCUGCCCCUGCUCCUGCCCCAACUCCUGCCAAACAGACCGCACCGACGCCCUCUGGGCCCAGUGAGGUUGUGUCUUCGAAGAAGAAUGCCAAGAAGCAGAAGUUUGUCCCCGAAAAGAAGGAACCUGUGGCCAAGGUGCCCAAGAAGACUCAGAAGCGAAAGCUCAGAACUGCUCAGAUCGAGAUCUCAAGCAGUGAAAGCGAUAGCGAAUAG